AUGACUGGACGCGGCAAGGGAGGAAAGGGACUCGGCAAGGGCGGUGCCAAACGCCAUCGCAAGAUCCUCCGCGACAACAUCCACGGCAUCACCAAGCCUGCCAUCCGCCGUCUCGCGCGUCGUGGUGGUGUCAAGCGUAUCUCUGCCAUGAUCUACGGCGAGACCCGCAACGUGCUCAAGUCCUUCCUCGAGGGCGUCAUCCGCGACGCCGUCACCUACACCGAGCACGCAAAGCGCAAGACCGUCACCUCGCUCGACGUCGUCUACGCCCUCAAGCGACAGGGCCGCACCCUCUACGGCUUCGGUGGCUAG